AUGCGGCUCGGGAUCCUCGCACUUCUACUGGCAAUCGCUCUGCUUCUGGUCCAUUCCGUGGAGUCGCAAACAAGCGAACCACCAACCACAGAAAGUAUGGGUACAACGCGUCGGAUGGGAAGAGUACCGAUUCGCGACUGUAUGCAUAAAUGGGCGAAAUGGCGGCGAAUGGAUCCAUGGGACGAUGACAAUGAUGACAACGAUGAUGAUGAUGACGACCGAGAUGAUUAGUAGGUUUGGAGUUAUAAUUUUGUCGUAGCAGAAAAAAACAGAUUGCGAAUAAAAUGAGGUUGUGA